AACGUCUUUCCAUUGACAGUUGAGUCUUAAGUUUUGACAGCUUAUGCACUUUUAAUCUAAGUAAAGCUCUAAUAACAAUGUUUCAUUGUGAUUUAAUCUUAAUUAUAAGCCAAAAACCAAGUAUAGCUCAAUAAAUAAACAAAACAUGAAUCUAAAUGAUCAUUUUCUCUACAAAGGAACCAACAGGAAUACCAAAAGGGCAACAAAUGUGCCUAUUGUGAUUAAAAAAGCACCCAGCAAAAAGAAUUCCACCACUUCUACGUCACUGAAUUGGGGAAAACCUGCCAAUAGUAUAUUCAAUGCUUCAUCCCUUCUGAGAUCUGGAGGCAGUUCUACGAAAUCCUCAGAAACAGAAAAUAGGAUUAUAAUAGCAAUUACUGAAGGUAGAGGGGAAGCCCGUUGCGAAGUCGGAUUGGCUGCAAUAAAUAUUUCUCACCCUGAGUUAAUUUUAUGCCAGAUAUCGGAUACCCAGAACUACAUUAAUACCUUGACAAAGAUAAACAUUUUAAACCCAGAAGAGAUUUUAAUCCCAAAAACGUUCGUCGAAAAUUUUGCCGGAAAUCGGUUGUUCGAGAAAAUCAAAAAAUAUUUCCCCAAAACCAAGUUCACAGGGGUUGCCAGAAAUACUUUCAAUAAGAACAGGGGGUUAGAAACUAUCCAGGAACUAUGUAUACCGUCGUUUAAUCCGGUUUUACUAGUUUUAAAAUACAAAUAUUACGCCCUAGCGUCUGCAUCAGCUCUUCUGGUGUACAUAAAUUCAACUUUGUAUUGCUACUACGCCAGUGGUACCUUAAAAGUCGAAUACCAAGAAUCAGAAGGGUAUGCUUUCAUAGAUGUAUCCACAGCAGAUAGACUGGAGCUGGUAUCCAGCACAAGACCUGGUCAAGCUACAAAGUACUCCAGCCUAUUUGGUGUUCUAAACAAAACGUUUACAAGAAUCGGGGCUAGAACUUUGAGAUCGGCCAUAUUACAACCGUUACAUGAGGUUAAUCGUAUAGAAGAGAGGUUGGAAUGCAUUGGUGAGCUCAUCGGGUGUCCAGAAAUGCUUAUAUCAGUGCAGGCAAUCUUGCAAAAAAUUCCGAGCGUCGACCAACUGCUCACAAUCGCCACAAUAAUGCCCGACAAUCCGCAAAGCUGCUCGAACCGUCAUCUGAAUUACAUCCUCCAGUUGAACAAUUUAGUCGACAACGUAACCCCCUUGAAGCAGGUCCUUCAGAACGCCUCAAACAAGUUUUACGUCGACUUCGUGGCAUUUUUGGGGUGCGAUUUUUUCACGUUCGUGAAAAAAAAGGUUCGCGAUGUCAUCCACGACGAGGCCAGACCUGCAUCUGGCACCAGAAGCGUCCAUCAGAGGUGCUUCGCUGUUAAACCUGGCAUCAACGGCCUUCUAGAUUUGGUUAGGAGGACUUACACUGAACGGAUAGAAGAAUUGUCCGAGUACGUAAAAAGUUUGGCAGAAAAAUACGACCUCCCCUUAACUCUAGCUAACAAUAACGCCAAAGGAUAUCACAUCGUUUUGACUUUGAAUAAAAAUCAAAGAAGAUUCAUGAAAACGUCCGAUAUACCUGAAGAAUUUAUCCAAGUUUUUCGAUUGGCAGGAAGUUUUACCAUGAAAACGGUGCAUUUGGUUAAUGUAACCACUAGGAUAGAUAAUAUUUUAGUGGAAAUUCUUAAAAUAAGCAACGUCAUUGUUUAUCAAAUAAUAUCGGAGUUGAAAAAGUACGUGGCCGUCUUUCACCAUCUGUGCGAGAACAUCGGCCAUUUGGACCUGCUGCAAUCCCUAGCCGAAGCUAGCGCCAGCUACGGCUACGUGCGCCCGAAAUUCGCCGACUACACGGAAAUUCGCGAAGCUCAUCACCCGUUGCUCGAUUUUUUGUGUCCCAACAAACCUACCGCCAACACCAUAUCGGCAAGCAAAGACUAUAACGUUCACAUAAUAACGGGACCCAGUGGUUCUGGAAAGAGCAUUCUCAUCCGACAAGCCAUGUUGUUGCAAGUCAUGGCCCAAAUCGGAUGCUAUGUGCCCGCUGGUGAAGCCACUUUCAGACCUGCUGACAAAAUGUUCUCCAGAAUUUAUCUGGAAGACGACAUGGAAUCGGGCGCGUCGUCUUUUGUUCUAGAGAUGAAAGAAAUCAAGUAUAUCCUAACCACAAUGACGGAGAAUUCGUUGGUGAUAAUCGACGAACUGUGCAGAUCGACAUCUCUGGAAGAGGGGAUGGCUUUGGCCAUGGCCAUCUGCGAAAAAUUCGCCAACACCUCCAUAUUUCUGUACAUCACCACGCAUUUCACAACCCUGGCCAAAAUCCACGACAUGUAUCUGAACAUCAAAGUAUGGCAGAUGGAGACCAUAGCUCAAGGAGACACCCCGCAGGACAUACAGCUGGAUUUUAAGUACAACGUGAAACCUGGCAUAACGAAUAUUAAUUAUUACGGUAUCUACUUGGUCAGAAACAUUUGGCCCGAUCAUGUGUUGAAGCUAAUUGAUGAAGUCAUGGAUAAAACAAAGAAUACAUUCGUCAAAAGUCUCGAAGUAACAAGUGUCGACCCUAGAAUGAGGUUAAAAUACGAUCUAGAGUGUAGGUUAAGGUAUCUAAAGUCCAAAGGCAAGUUGACAAUGGCGGAAAUCAACAAAAAUUUGAAUGAAUUUCAAAAUAAACUAGACCUGAUACAGUUCACACCAGAAAACCAAGACUUGCUAAUUUUAACCUCCCCAAAAUCUUAUCCGCCUGUUCUGACUCAAAUGGAACCUGAAAACUAUCAAAACAUGUCCAGAUAUAAUAAUAGACAAGACUUGAUACAGUUCACACCAGAAAACCAAGACUUGCUCAAUCAAAAUCUAUUUUUAACCCCCUCGAACUCUUAUCCUCCAAUAGAACCUGAAAACUAUCAAAACAUGUCCAGAUAUAAUAACAGCCAAGACCUGAUACAAUUCACACCAGAAAUCCAAAACCAAGUUCUAACCUUCCCCAGAUACAAUAAUAAUCUACCCCUGAUAGAAUUUACGCCAGAAACGCAAAACCAAGUUGUAACAUCCCCAAAAUCUUAUCUGCCUCCAAUGGAGUCUGAAACCUAUCAAAACAUUUCCAGAUUCAUGAACGAAAACCCAGAAAAUGUAAACCUGUUCAUACCAGAAGUAAAUAUAAGCUACCCAAACACAUCCUAUAAUAACAACUCCGAUCUGAUAUCCCAAGAUCUUCAAAACGCUAUAAACUACAGAAAAAAUCUUCAAAUAGAGACGGAGGAUUUUCAAUUUCUUAUGCCUCUUCCAAAAUACACCAGAAACACUUCUACACCUCAACCAAUUGUGUUGGGUAAGAGGCACAAAAAGGUUGAUGUCGAUUCUCUUCGGGAGGAUUUGGAGGUUUGCAGUCAGGUUUUCUCCAAAUAUGAUAGCUUUGAGGAAGGAAUAAGAGAGACAUCCAUACAAGAAGAACUGGAGAUUUGUAGCCAGAUUUUAUCCAAAUGUGGAAGCUUCGAAGAUGAUUUCAAUGAAACAAAAGACGCUGUAGAGGAAGAAGCUUCCAAUGGAGUUGAUGAUGAGGAAGAAAACAACGUCACAGAAGAUAAUGGUGAUCAGAAAAAAGUCAAGAAAGAAGAUGAUGAAAAAAGUUCAGAAAAUAAUGUUACAGAAGAUGAUGAUGUUAGCGUUGAUGAUAAGUUUAAAGAUGAAGUAAACAAUAUGACUGAAGAUGAGGAUGAAGUUUUAGAUAAAUCUGGCAGUAUUUCGGACAGUUUUAAUAGUGAUGAAGGGGAUAAAGAUUCUUCCAAAAUUUUGAAUAAAACGAAUGAAAGAAAAGAUGAAGAAUCUACUUCGAUAAGUGCCAAAGUACAAAAUACUUCAUACUUACCAAAAAGGCAGUACCAACAUUAUUUGUCGCCAAAAGUUAUCAUUGAAUAUGGACCUGAUGAUGCCAGCAUUUCUUUUGAUAACACCGAUGAAAACAUCGUUAAAAACAGAAAUUCAAAACAAGUUAAUAAUAAAAGAGAGAAAGAGGAACUUAAGAAACGAUCGGUUCACCAAUUACCUGAAGAAAAGAAAAGGCAAAUUAAGACAACUUUGGGUCAUCGAAAAAUUGUCAAACAUCAUCAAAUACCUAAUAAGAUAAAGGAAAUAAAAGAAAAUGAAAGCCUCGAGUCAAAUGGUGAUCUAAUUCCUGAUCAAAAGAAGGAGCAAAUUAAGAAGGUAUUAAAUCUUUCCCAUAAAAGUGUUUGCAAUAAACAAAUCAUGAAGAACAUAGAUAGUUUAACUAGUUACUAUUCAGCUGACGGUGAUGAUGAUGGAAAUAUAAUGGUUGAUAAAAGUAGAAGUUCCCCAACAACGUCAUCAAAUCUAACAGAAAAAGUUGAUACACUCGCCAAAAAGAGAAAACUAACUGAUACAGAUGUAUCGACUUCGUCCCCUUCGAAAAAACGUAUCUUGGGAAGUACAAGUCCGGAAUCUUUAAGCACCAUUAGGAAAUGUCUUCCUCCUUCGCUACCUUCAGACUCGACAAGUGGUAAAUAUCAACCAAAGAGGAGAAUGAGAAGAUUCCAGCCGCCGAGAAAGUUGAGCGCGAAAGAAAUACGCAAGGAGUUUAUGGAGCAAGAUAGGAAGCUCUACGAAACCGACACCAGCAACUCAUCCGAGUUCAAUAAGUACCUUCAAAACUACAUCAACCGCCCUACUGUAAAACAGUUGAAAAACCAAAAGCAAAUAGCGAUAGUAAGGAAGGGUAGGGAGGGAGUUCCGAUAGUAGAAAUCCCAAAGGAAACGGUGCACAAAAAGAAACCUUUCAAGUUGCAAAGACAUUGGUCCUCGGAUAAAUUUAAUCCCAGUAAAAAGGUGUACGAAUUUAAUUUGGCCAUGUUCAGCGAUAACAACGCCAAACCGUUCAAGGAGUUUUUGAAUUCCAAAUCCAAGGACCCCAACAUGUUUAAUUUCUCCGCCAAACCGUUCGAUGAAAUGCCACCCAAUGAAGAAGACAUCACAGCUACCUUCAAAAACGUUGUAUCCAAACAAAAACAGAAGCAGGGUAGUGAACAGUUCUUUAGUUUUUCCGAGGAUAAUGAAGGGAAAAAUUCUUCCAUGGUGAAAACUCCGUUUGGUAAAUUUUUUCAAAGUGCAUCUUCGUACCUAUUAGAAGAACAUCCUUACUCAACACAAAACAAUGCUAGCAGACAAGAUAAAACCCAUAAUACUUCAGUGUCCAGCUAUGUACCCAGUGGAUAUUACGAGGAAAAUCAAAAGGAGAUAAAGGAAUUGAUGAAUAAAUAUUUGAAUUCCCCCCAAAAACCGAAAAAGAAUCAAAUUUUUCAAAGCAGUAGUUUAAGUAGUGAUUAUUCUUUUUGAUAAAUAAAC